GAAACGCCUGGUUGUUGUUUCCCGGGGCUUGAAGGAAGGAGAAGUUACCUCUGCUCUGCCGCAGGUUUUCGGGACACCAAGAGAGAGGACAGCGGGAUCUGCCGAGGAAGCUUUUCUUUCCCCUGUGACCACCCGGCUGGCCGUUAAACUGAAUGGAGUAGCGGGAUAAAAAGGCAGGAGGGAUUUAACCUUAUCCAUCACCUUGUAAAGCACGGCGCGGUGAGAGCGGCAACGUGCAGCACUGCUGCGCUGGAUUGUGUAGGGAGCAAACAAGGGAAUAACACAAACAGAGAUGGUUUACUACCCGCGGGGACCUUCACACACACCACUGCUGCUACUGCUCCUCUGAACUUUUCAGUCCUAGAAGUGCGCAGACGAGAAGGGGGUUAAGAAAAAGGGGCUCGUUCUUAUCAGCAAGAAGGGAUUAAUGAUGCCGGACCAAAUCACAGUUGCAGAGUUUGUGGCAGAGACCAAUGAAGAUUACAAAUCGCCGACCGCCUCUAACUUCACUACCAGGAUGUCCCAGUGUAGGAAUACAGUGGCUUCCCUGGAGGAGGCUCUGGAUGUGGAUCGCAGCGUACUGUACAAGAUGAAGAAGUCUGUGAAAGCCAUCUACACGUCUGGGCUAGCACAUGUAGAAAAUGAGGAGCAGUACACUCAGGCCCUGGAGAAGUUUGGAGAAAACUGUGUGUACAGAGACGAUCCUGAUCUGGGCUCGGCUUUCCUCAAGUUCUCCGUCUUCACCAAGGAGCUCACAGCGCUUUUCAAAAACCUUUUCCAAAACAUGAACAACAUCAUCACCUUCCCUCUGGACAGCCUGCUGAAAGGAGACCUGAAGGGUGUCAAAGGGGAUCUGAAAAAGCCCUUUGACAAAGCCUGGAAGGACUACGAAACAAAAGUCACCAAGAUAGAAAAGGAAAAGAAGGAGCAUGCGAGACAGCAUGGGAUGAUUAGGACGGAAAUCAGCGGGGCAGAAAUUGCUGAAGAGAUGGAGAAAGAGAGAAGAUUCUUCCAGCUGCAGAUGUGUGAGUAUCUCCUCAAAGUCAAUGAGAUCAAGAUCAAGAAGGGGGUGGAUCUGCUGCAGAACCUCAUCAAGUAUUUCCAUGCACAGUGCAAUUUCUUUCAGGACGGUCUAAAAGCUGUGGACAACCUCAAACCUUCCAUAGAGAAGCUGGCCACAGAUCUGCACACGAUAAAGCAGGUGCAGGACGAGGAGAGGAAGCAGCUGGCUCAGUUACGAGACGUCCUCAAGUCGGCGUUACAGGUGGAGCAGAAGGAGUCCAGAAGAGAUUCACAGGUGCGUCAGAGCACCACCUACAGCCUGCACCAGCCGCAGGGCAACAAGGAGCACGGCACGGAGCGCAGCGGGUACCUUCACAAGAAAAGUGAUGGGUUGAGGAAAGUGUGGCAGAAGAGGAAGUGUACAGCGAAGAACGGAUUCCUCACCAUCUCACACGGCACAGCUAACCGGCCGCCAGCUAAACUCAACCUGCUCACCUGCCAGGUGAAACACAAUCCUGAAGAGAAGCGGAGUUUUGACCUCAUAUCACAUGACAGAACGUAUCACUUUCAGGCCGAGGAUGACCAGGACUGUCAGAUCUGGAUCUCGGUGCUACAGAACAGUAAGGAGGAGGCGUUAAAUCAGGCUUUUAAAGGGGACCAUCAUGUCGGCGAGAACAACAUCGUGCAGGAGCUGACCAAGGCGAUACUGGGGGAAGUCAAGCGGAUGAUAGGAAAUGAUGUUUGCUGUGACUGCGGAGCCCCGAACCCGACAUGGCUAUCCACCAACCUGGGCAUCCUCACCUGCAUUGAAUGCUCAGGGAUACACAGGGAGCUGGGAGUCCACUACUCGCGGAUCCAGUCCCUCACACUGGAUGUACUCAGCACCUCAGAGCUCUUGCUGGCCAAGAAUGUGGGGAAUGUAGGCUUUAAUGAAAUCAUGGAGGCUUGUUUAAGCGCUGAAAACGUGGUGAAACCCAACCCGGCCAGUGACAUGCAGGCGAGGAAAGACUUCAUCACAGCCAAAUACACGGAGAAACGUUUCGCCAAGAAGAAGUGUCCGGAUGCGACGUCGCGGCUUCACACGCUGUGCGAUGCAGUGAAGGCCCGAGACAUCUUCUCCCUCAUCCAAGUCUACGCUGAGGGGGUGGACCUCAUGGAGCCCAUUCCUCUGGCCAACGGGCAUGAACAAGGGGAGACAGCUCUUCAUCUAGCGGUGAGGCUGGUGGACAGAACGUCCCUUCACAUCGUCGACUUCCUCACUCAGAACAGUUUAAAUUUGGAUAAGCAGACAGCCAAAGGCAGCACAGCGCUGCACUACUGCUGCCUGACUGACAACAGUGAAUGUCUGAAGCUGCUGCUGCGGGGGAAAGCCUCCAUAGAGAUUGCUAAUGAGGCCGGGGAGACACCGCUGGAUAUCGCUCGAAGGCUCAAACACCUACAGUGUGAGGAGCUGCUGAACCAAGCACUGGCAGGAAAAUUCAACGCCCACGUCCACGUCGAGUAUGAAUGGUGCCUGCAGCACGAAGACCUGGAUGAGAGCGACGAGGAUCUGGAUGAGAAGCCGAGCCCCCAUCGGAGAGACGAGCGACCGGUCAGCUGUUACACCCCGAGCAGUAACUCCCACCACGUACAGUCCGGCCUCGGCUCCGCCGGCCGUGAAGCUAAGGACAAGCAGCGCCUCUUCAUGCCCAACCUGGUCAACAACGAGACUUACGGCACCAUAGUCAACACAAACCCCCCUCAGCCCACCACCAACUCUGCUCCACCUCUGCCCCCGAGGAACCUGGUCCAGUUGUCCGGCCCGGGAGGCUCAGCGUCCAGCACCUGGAAGCCCAGUCCUUUAGACCUGACUGGCCGACAGAGGUCGUCUUCAGACCCCCCUAACAUGCAUCCUCCGCCGCCGCCCAUGAGGCUCACUUCCACUGGAGCUCUGGGUCUUCCUACUGCGAUGAAGAUGGACUCCAUGAGCAAGUCAGGUCAGGGGCCACUGGGGUCCCGGGCGGUGCCACCUAAAUCUCCCGCAGGAAAUGAUAAAAGUUUCAGCAGAGGACCCCUAAAUCGAACAGAAUCUAAAGAAAGAGCAUCUAAGGAACUGCCAGGAUGCCCUCAGAACUCCAUAGGUCAGUCUCUGCCUCCAGCCCCCAUGCCGAGGAAAGCAUACUCAAAGCAGAGGCCAAAGCGAGUGAAAGCCAUGUACAACUGUGUAGCUGACAACCCCGAUGAGCUGACCUUCUCCGAGGGCGAGGUGAUCGUGGUGGACGGAGAGGAGGACCAGGAGUGGUGGCUGGGCCACAUCGAAGGCGAGCCAAUGAGAAGAGGCGCCUUCCCCGUUACGUUUGUGCACUUCAUCGCCGACUGAAAUCCGGGACUCGGGAAGUAUCACACGUCCCACUAUCACCGACAAAACAUCCACCAUCGCCCCAGUGUUUGCAGUCGACGUCAUCGGCACCAUCAUCACCAUCUCCGCUGGCGUCUUGAGCGAGCUCGUUCAAGCGUCACUGCUGCUCCAGCGAGUCUGGGUGUCACAGGGGACUCAUCGGACUCUAUGUGGUUUUAAUGCUUGCAGUUAAAAAAGAAAAACAAAACAAAGAUGAUUGUAGUGAAUGUCCUCUCGCAAUAAAUGCACUUUUCUUGUCUUUUCCCUCGUUGACAUGUAUGUACAGGAUUCCUCUCAUCCAUUUUCUCCAUUAUACAGACAGUCCUUAAAGCGACAGCACUGAGAAGAUCACAGCGUUGUGUUUUAACUUACUAACAGCUGUCAAUGUGAACUUAGUCCCCAUGCUUACAUUCCAUAUCUGUGCAUGAGCAAUUCUGAAAUGCCUGCUUUUAGGUGCAGCUUUCCACAUAUGUAGUAGCCCUCCCCUGUGGAGGUUUUCCUAAUGGUGCUAAGUUAACCUUAAAAUAUGCUGGAAGUUGCACCCAAGGGAGCCUUUCCCUGACCCAAUUUCAGUGACGGACUGGCAAUCGAGAACGGGGAUGCUGCAUGUUAAAAUAGCCUCCAGCCCAUCACACCUGGGAGAGUCCACUUUCCCGAGCCGGCAUAGAGUAAUAGGAACAUGCAUCCUCUGCAAGGCUUUCCCCCACACAUGCACACUGCCUGCACCAAUUUAAGCUGCGGGGCAGGGGGUCAUAUUCAAAAGCAACACUCCAGUUAUUCCUUCUCCUCCAAUGCUGACUGGAGCUGCAACAGGCAGUAAUUACCUUUAUGCUGAGUCCUAACACCUCAGGCCGUCUCCGCCUGUCAUCUGCCUUAUUAGAGGAAUAGAAGCGUGUGCUUGUAUGUGUGAGUGCAUGUUUUGUCUGUACGGAAAUAAGCUGCAAACGAAAGCAUAUUCAAAUAACAGGGAGCAAAAAAAAAUGAGAGCGUGGGAAUGAGAUGAAAAGCGGGAGUAAGCUCUGUGACUUUUGUUGCUUCCUCGAGACUUUUUCUUCACAGAUGAGCUAAAUAAAGAGAGAGGGAACACCCUUCCUGCAGCUUAAGCCUCAUAUAGUACUUUUAAGACAAGUUUAUCUAAUGCGUUGUGAAAUAAAUAUUAAACAUAGUGUAAUUAACUUCAUUUUAGUUGCAGAGCAACUUUCUCUCUGUUCAUAUUGUUGAUAUUUAGGCAUUUAACCUGAAAUCGGAGCCUUUCAUGGAUUUGUGAAUGACGAGAGGGUGGUAGCUGAUGCGCACUGUCUCCACCGUGUUGAUUAUUAACUCACUGGAUUGUUAAAUCUGUUUGUGUAAAUAGAGCAGGUUUUGUUUGUGGAUAUUUAAAUGUAAAAUAUUGAAAAUAAAAGGGAGGAAAAAAAAAAGAAAAAAGAGAUGAGCAGGUUAACCAGGGCAGUAAAUGUCUUUUAAUGCACUGUGGUGAUGAGCAGUCACACAACCUCAGCUGGGCCUGUGUGUGUGCUGUAAACAUGAAUACAGACACGAAUGUGUGCACACACACAAACAAUAUUCAAAUCAUUCUCAUUAACAGUCUGUGAAUCACUGCAUUGACUCCUAACUCUGUUGUGCAAGUAAAUCGGAGAAAAAAACAAACAAACUGGAACAAUAAAAUCUGAAAUAGUG